AUGAGAUAAUAAAUUAGAUAUACCUUACCGCGACUGAGCUUAGUCGCAUUAAUGUUGGCUUCUUAAUAAUUGAAUUCCGUUUAUGCUUAUGCCUGCAAAGAAAAAAUUAUCGUCAUUGGAGCUGGUGUUUCAGGACUGGCUGCUGCCAAGAAAUUACAUGAUGAAGGGUGUGAUGUCACUGUGCUUGAAGGCAGAGAUAGACUCGGAGGUAGAAUAUUUACCUCGUAGGUCGGAGAUCUCACAAUUGAUAUGGGAGCUUCUUGGAUUCACGGUAUCGGUAAAGGUGCUGAUGGUCUCAAAGAAUGGGAAAAUAAAUAUAAUCCAUUGUACCAGGUAACUCUUGAUAACAAAAUCACAACUUUGGCGACAUGGCAGGAUGAAGGAGAUACUGAAUCCUUGUAUUUCUGGUACAAGGGAGGUGAAACCACUUAUGAUGUUGGUACUGUCUUUAAGAAUUUUGAGAACAGCCUCGAGGAUUUAUAAGAAGAAGCAGACAUUAACACAUCUCUUAAGGAUUUGUACUCAAAGUACGACCUAACUAAAAAGACUUCUAAAGGUGAUGCUAAGGUAGACUAAAAUAUCAAAGACUAUACUUUAGCUUACUUCUAUGGAUUCGAAUACGCAGCUGAUGCUGAUUAACUAUCCGGAAAGUAUAUUGACAAUGACUCCUAUUUCUUCGGUCCAGAGCAUAUCUUCCCAGAUGGUUACAUCUAGAUUCCUAAGGCUCUAGCCAAGAAUCUGAAUGUCAUUCUCAACUAGAAGGUUACUAAAAUUGACUACUCAAAAGAUUCGGUCAAUGUUAUCACAGAAAAUGGCAAAGUUUACGAAGCUGACAGAGUUGUUGUGACCGUACCUCUUGCUAUCUUGAAAAGUAAUAUGAUUACCUUUACCCCUCAACUACCUAAGUCUAAACAAGACUCAAUUGAAAAGAUGGGAGCUGGCUUGAUGGACAAGUUAUACUUGGAAUUCGAAGAUGUAUUCUGGGAUGAGGAGGCUGACUGGCUUGACUAUAUCUCAGAUGGAAAUGUAAAAUGGGGAAUUACUCUUAACUAUUAUAAAUAUACAAAGAAACCAGUUCUACUUAUGUUCAAUAUUGGAAAAGAUGCUAGAGAAUUUGCAGAAAUGUCAGAUGAAGAUGUUAUUAAAUAAGCUAUGGAAACUCUCAGAACUAUGUACCCUAAAGCUACUGAUUAUGUAGCAUACAAAAGAUCUAAUUGGAGCCAUGAUGAAUUCGCAAGAUAGGCAUAUUCCUUCGUCAAGAUCGGUGCUACUAAGAAGGAUCCACUUAAUAUUGCUUCAGAUAUUGAUAAGAAGAUUUAUUUUGCUGGUGAACAUACUAAUUUCAAUUUCUUAGGAAGUGCUCAUGGAGCAUACAUAUCAGGUACUGAUGCUGCCUCUAAGAUUAUUGAGGAUUACAAUAGCAAUUUUGAACAAUCACUUGUUUCAAACUUCAUGUACCUCAGAUUUGCUUUUUGA